GAGCGCGUCCUGUGCGCCGUGUGCUCCUCCCCGAGCCGUCUGCACCUCCGUGCUGCCCUCCUCCGCGCCGCCCCACCGCCGCCCUCACCAUGUUCUUGCCCACGCCGCCCUGCUCCCCGGCCGCCCCCCCUCCUCCGUGACGCCCUGCUCCCAGCGCUGCCGCCUUCUCCUCUGCGCCGCCCUGCUCCCAGCGUCGCCGCCUGUUACUCUGCGCCUCCCUGCGCCCUGCGUCGCCGCCUGCUCCUCCGCGCCGCCCUGCUCCCAGCGUCGCCGCCUGCUCCUCCGUGCCGCGCCCCCCGUCGUCGUCGCCGCCCCUCCCCGUACGCUAGCCCGAGCUGGCCCUCCCAUCGGCUCCGCCGCCCCUCCCAUCAGCGCCGCCGCCCCUCCCCAUCCGCUAGCCCGAGCCGACCCCUAACUGCUCCGCCGCGCCACCUUUCAUCCACCGGGAGGUCCGUCUGCUCCGGCGGCAAGGUGCUCCUCGUCUGCAACUUCAGUAUAUCCGAGGAGGAUGUGGAUUUGGACAUUGCAUCAUGGGUGUGUGGCUACAUGGAUCUGUCCUUCGGCCAUCUGGUAGCCCUGUUUGUCAUCACCCCACGAUGCUGUUGGUGCCUUCUCAAGUUGCUUGACUGCUGCAUGAACCAAAUUGAGCAGUACAAUGGCGAUUUCGCUGAAGUUCGUCACAGUAUGAUUCAGCCUCUUAGGGUUCGCCAUUCUACAUUGAAGGGAAAAGGGCGCCACUCUACCUUGAAGUUGAUAGAGACGGGCUCAAGGACAAUCGGUCGUACGGUGGUCAUUGCAUUGUGGUGCUGACGAUGACGGCCAAGCUCUUAUCAUUGCCCAAAGGAUGAAUUUUGUGGGACCUCACCAUCUGUUUCCUUGGUUCAGCUUGAAGUGUCCUCAGUCAGGAGAAGGCUCCAAUAACUUUAUGGUUGGUGGAUCUACACCUGCCCAAGCAAGCCAAGUGACACGCACUGCGGCUCAAGAUGCUUCGACCUGCACGCCACAAUGAUCACUCGAGGUUUGCAUCACGAAUGCCGUCGAUGGUGGGCAUACAUGCUGCGAUGGACACUCAUUGCAUAUUGUAGGUUGAACUCAUGCUUUCGUUUCUGAACUCUUGUUGCAUAUGUAAUGUUGUUGUGAACCCUCCUUGAAUAUGUAUGCAUUCUUUUGUGGAACUAUAUUGGAUAUGUAUGAGUGUGUGGACUUCGAACUCAUCAUCGGUUUGUUCUUGUUGUGAACUUGUAAUAUAUUGGAUAUGUAUGCAUGACCGUUUCGGUUGUGAAAUCUUGUUGCAUAUGUACGCAUGCUUUUGUGAAA